GGUGGGGAGGUGUCUGGUCGGUGCGUGUGUCCUCACCACAGUGCAGGCGACCACUGCGAGAAGUGCACGCCACUCUACAACGACCGUCCCUGGAGGCCUGCCAACGGGAGCACCGGACACACAAAUCCAUGCCAAAAGAGCGAGUGUCACGACCAUGCAGACAGCUGCCACUUCUCCCAGCGAGCAUGGCUCUCCACUGGAGGCCAGAGCGGCGGGGUCUGUGAUAGCUGUAGGCACAACACCUUUGGGCACAGGCUGCUGGUGUGACCCCCAAGGCUCCCGGUCUCCACAUCCUGGAGACGAGGGAACCUGUUGCCAUCAUCGGAGUGAACAGUGCAAGUGUCAAGCUGGUGUUGGGGGCACAAGCUGCACUCAUUGUAUGCCUGGCUAUUGGGGCUUCGGAGCCAAGGGCUGCAAAGCCUGCGCCUGGCCCAAUAGCUGUAAUCCCACCACUGGGCAGUGUCUGGACAGCAAUAUAAAUAAGUUGUUCAACAUACCCAGUGGUGGAAAAAUCCCUACUUUGGAUUCUCAAUUUGUCAUGGAUGAAGGGGCACAGUGGCCAAAAGUGCAGGCUGUCUCUGUGUUACACUCCUCAGUGAUUAAGGAGAGUGUGAUGUCAGCUCAUGACAAGGGCAGCCAUGCAGAGGUGCAGGUCAAAGUCCGCGAGGUCCUACGAUCGGAUCUAAUUGCGCUGAGCUCAGAGACCAUCAGCGUGUCCUGGACUAGCCGUGGGUGCACCAUCCUAAACCCAGGUAUGGAGUACCUGCUGGGAGGCCCAGAAGAAUCCAGCACAGGCCGUUUGCUGGUCACAAUACAGAGUGUGGUGGUCCCCUGGACCGCCAGAUUGGGCCUUCUCAUUACAGACAGCCGAAGAAGAGGAUGUCUAAGACGAACAGUCUCCAAAACAUUCAAGAAUUCAAUUCAGGAAGUAAGCAAAGGAGAGACUGAAAAUUACUGGUCACAAGUAGCGACACUAGCAGAAACCCACAAAAUAUUAAAGUUGAUGGUCAAAAGAUAGGUUAAUACUACUGUGGCAAUGCAAAGCAGUUAUUUUCAGUGCUGGCACUACGUAGUUUGCUAAGCUACAUAACGUUGCCAGCUUGCGAGCCGUAGUGUUUUAAAAGUGUGUACAUACUUCUUGAAUGGACGACCCACUCCCAAGCACUGGUGAGUUUCCUUUUUUUCCCCAUACAAUAAUACACUGGUGCUAGCCAUGAUAUAUUGUUGCCAUGAUUAAUGUGAAUCUGUCCACAUUGACCGGCGAAAUGUUUUCUGGUCCAGCCUCUGCAGUAUUUGAUUUGACAAAUUAGAGCCCACUACUCGCAUAUGACACGAUACAAUGGUAUCAGAAUACGUCUCGUAUUGUUGACACUGUCUGACCAAGAAUUUAUGGCAGUAGUCAAGCAUAGUGGAAUCGGGAAAGAACACAUUUUUCAUGUAGUCUGAUCCAGUCAUAAGGGAAGUAGACGAAAUUGCCCUUACAGAUAAAUUCAGUAAAGUUUGAUUGUCAGUCAUAAUUGAAUGUGUAAAUGUCUGGACUUUAUUACAUUAUUUUUUCAACGACAGUUGAUGGUUGAUAUUUUAUGGGUCGCAUGUCAGUGCAUCUGUUCAGUUUUCUGUUUAAAGGUAGCUGUUAUAUUUCUCACCAACUUUACUCACAACCAUGUUUUUAAAAGUUCCAUGGCAUUAUUGUGCUGGUCACCAUUAACGGAAUUCAGUAUCAGUGCCAAAGGGAACACAGACAAACAAAUGAAUUUGAGACUGGGUUGUGUGUGUAGAUAAAAGCUAAGCUAAAUGAAAACUUUCAAGAUGUUGUAGUUGCUCUGAAGCAUUUUAUAGCACAUACUAGCCCCCAACCCGCCACCCAAAAAAAUGUGAGCAAUCCAAACGCCACCAUCAUGAUACAUUAAAAUACAGUACAGUCAUGAAAAUAUUACUGUAAGUCUCUGUAACAUUUUGCACAGUUCGAACAUUAACACUGUACCUUCAUAUGGGAGAAUGUAUUAAAAAGAUGCAGUGAACUUGCACAGGGAUUCUUUUCCACACCACAAAGGGAUAAGUACCACACUUGGAGAAUCAUUGAGAUUUUGGAUGUUAUACAUAAAAACUCAAGGGUGAAGGUACACUUAGCACUCACAUGCAGGUGGGGGGGGGGGGUGCAGCAAAUUGACCUAGUUUGAUAAUUUCAUUAAUUUUUUCUGCUUGGGACUCAGCAGCAACAAAGUAAGGUAGAUAGCUGUGAAGGAUCAGGUCUAACAUGAACACACAAAUCAGAAAAGGGCUUAGAAAUGUUGAUUAAAACAUUUAGAUUCAUUUAUCUCCUGGGAGAAAUACACCUGUAUGUUUGACAAAUACAAUCAUACUUGUAUUGUCCAUAAAAUGACAUCUAAGGCAGUACAGCAGUUGUUCCGUGUGUUUUAUUGUGCAGGUUGUCAGCAAAAGAAUGAGUAUUUGAACACAAUUUCCAUAAGUAAGGUCAUACAGAACGUUUGGGAAUGGAAAUGCUCGUGACAUUUUUUUUUCUCAUGGGAAUAUGUGUUUAUUUUUCCAUUGACCAGGUCCAUGGAACCUCCCAGGAAUUGUUGCACA